CACGAUAAGCAUGUCAAAUACACACCUUAAUUAUACACAAAUACUGAUUUUACAUAUACAUUCGCCGACGAAGAGGUAACGUAAUAUUUAUAAGGUUAAAGAGCGAUUUCAUUCGUAAAAAUUACGCACUUAACACGACGGAAAAAAUUGUUUCUCUUGUGCCAUUCACAUGUGAUUUCUUACGUUACCCAUUUACAGGGAAGAAUGCUUCUUUUAAUAAAUCAAUGUAUGAUAACGGGUUUAAUCUUCACAUUAUCAAUUCUCUGACCAAGCAGGAUGUCAUCUAGAGAAGACAGAGAUAAUAGGCCAAUGCAACCUCCGAUACAACCUCUUCUAGUUUCCAAGUUAAAGACUUUUUGGAUACUGAAUGGUGUAACCUUCUUAUCCAUUUUAAUAGCUCUUUCAUUAGUCUUCAUACCGUUUCCCGGACUCCGUGUUAAUAGAGGACUGGAACGGAUAAAUAUCAAUUUAAACAAUCACACUGUACCAUUUUUGGUUGAUGUGAACAUAAAGGAUGAUCAUCAAUUUGGGCUAGCGGUCUAUUUGUCAACCAAAUUAUCACAUCAUCUUAUCGCAAAUAUAGCUGUAGGCAGCAACGUAAUCCCCGUCACCCCGCUAUCACAGCAUAGAUUUUUAGCGGCAUAUUAUACCAAGAAGCCUCUUACAUCUCCCCGCGUAUUAAAUGUGUUCGACUUUUUAUCGGGAGCUAUUAUAGUUGGAAAAUAUAUGCAAUCUGACUCAAACCCCGGCGAGUACAAAAAAUUCGACAGUUCUAUAUACCUCAUACCGCACAAUAGUUCACGAAAUACCGAUAUUGUGGUAGAUCUAUAUGAGUUGUUCCACAAGGAUAUAGAUAAUGUCUUCCAAACAAGCUUUGUUGACUCUACCGGAAAGAUCGUACAUGACGUAAGGGUUGCGCUGGGUGUGCACCAAAUAACUAUUAACAUUGCCGGAAUACCAAAAAUUUUCGUCGACCCGGGAGAUUCAUUUAGUUUGCGGCUGAUUGAACUCCCUGGUCUCCAAAUUGCAAAAGUGACGCUUCGUGCCUUGGUUUCGGAUAAAUUUGUGGACAACAUAUACUAUAUACAUAAUAGCAACUGGAAAACUGUUUAUAUUGGAAGUAAUGGAUUAGCGGAACUCUUUUCGGAACAUCAUAUCCAUGUAAAAGCCAACGUGGAUCUGUUCAAUAUUAAUCGCAUUACACUACCCAAUCGGGUAGAAGUAUCUUUCCAGACAGACCAAGAUCCACCUCAAGGUAUUUUCUACCACAUGGCGGAAGUUGAUGGUUCGAAUUAUCACAUCAUUUUUGGUGACUGGUGGUAUAUUCUGGGAGAUGUUACCUUGGGUGGUAAAACAAUCCCCAAAGACAAUAGUGCUUCUGAUCGCGUAUUAGUGUUAUACGAGGAUGUUAACAAUGUUGGAAAGGGCAAAGCUGUCUUAUACACGAAAAAAGAUAACAUAUACACUUCAAAGCAUGUGGACCUGAAUAAACCCUUGAAAUAGCUGUUUUAAGAACCCAAGUCACAUUGUACCACCGUAUUAACAGCAUGUGACUUAACAAGUGACGAAACGUUUCUUACCCAUACAAAAAUUAUCAGGUCAUAAAAUAUGUGAGUCAAAGUUCGUGGAUUCUGAAAAUCGUUAGCGACCAACUGAAUUGAGCUUUAAACAUUAUAAAUGAAUGUAGUAUAUUGCUAACGACCUUCUUGGUGUCC